UAGCGUUGCCAUAGCGCCGGCCGUUAGUACCGGGCGGCGGGCGAUGGCGCUGUGGUGGGAGACGCGGGGCCGGGUCCCGGAGCGCUGGGCCGCCGAGCGGCGGCGGCGGGAGCUGGAGGCGCACAGCCGGCAGCAGUGGGAGCGGGCCAGCCGCUCCUUCGCCCGGGACGCCAUUUGCUGCUCCAGGCAGGCGCGGUGGAGCGCGCCCCGCGCCCUCCCGCCCAGGUACGGGCCUGGGCCCCGGGGAACCGGCGGGGGGUCCGGCGGGAAGGCCCUGACACGCCGGGUGUGUCGCAGGCCGGCGGAGGUGCGGCGGGAGGCGGAGGAAGCGGCGGCGCGGCUGGAGCAGCGGCGGGCGCGGCUGCGGCGGCUGCUGGGCGAGGAGCGGGAAGCGCUGGCGGCGGAGCUGCGGGAGCUGCGGUGGGGCCGCCGGUCGGAGGCCGUCGGGAUGCGGCAGCGGAGCGAAGAGCUGCGAGCCGGCCGGGAGGAGCGGAGGAGGAAGGUUGCUGAGCAGCUGCUCUAUGAGCGCUGGAAGAAAAACAACGCUGAGCUCCGGGAGGUGGAGUCGGAGCUGCACAGGAAGCACGUGAUGGAGGCUUGGGGUGAUCAGCUCAUGCAAAAAACCAAGCAAGAAGCAACUGAACUUGAAGAGAAAAAGCGUUAUGAAAACGAGUAUGAAAUUGCACGAAGGGAAGCGCUGGAAAGAAUGAAAGAAGAGGAAGAGAAGCGUCGGCUGGAAGAGAAGAAGCAAGCGGAGACGUUGCUUCAACAAAUAGAAGAACUGAAAUUACAGGAGACAGAGGCAACAAAGCUGAAAAAAGAACAGGAGAAUUUAUUAAAGCAGCAGUGGGAGCUGGAGAACUUGGAAGAAGAAAGGAAACAAAUGGAAGAGCACCGGAAGAAGAAAGAGCUUGGUCACUUUUUGAGGCAUCAGUGGAACGUCCAGUUAAAGAGACGAGCCCAGCAGAUACAAGAGGAGCUGGAGACAGACAGGCAAAUCUUAUUAGCCCUCCUGGAGAAAGAAGAUGAGGAUCAGCGCCACCAGUCCGCGCGACGAGAACGAGCCGUUGCAGAUGUUGCCUGGAUGAAACACGUCAUUGAGGAACAGCUCCAGUUAGAAAAGGAGAGGGAAGCAGAGCUGCAGACUAUUUUUCGAGAAGAAGCUAAAAAAGUGUGGGCAAAGAGGGAAGAAGAAUGGGAAAGAGAGAAGGUGGCCAGAGAUCGCCUGAUGAAUGAGGUCCUUGCAGGCAGACAGCGCCAGAUCCAAGAGAAGAUGGAGUUCAACAGACGAGCCCAAGAAGAGUCUAUAAAGUAUCGAGAGCAGCUGAUUAAAGAACUUGAAGAGGCAAAAGAACUGACUAGGCGAGAGAAGGAGCAGGAGGAGGAACUGAAGGCAGCCCGCAGGCAGGAGCUGGAGGCGCAGCUGACAGAGCGUCGCUUACAAGAGCGGGAGGAGCAGCAGCGCCAGAGGGAGGAGGAAGAGGAGGAGAGAUCAGCCCGGCAGCGCUGCGAGGAGUUAGUGCGGCAGGAGGCCAAGCGCAUGGCCGAGCAAGGGUAUCGCAGCAGGCUCUACAGUUACCCAAAAGCAGCAUGGACCUGAGGAUUCUUGUCCUUUGCACCUGAGGAACGAGCACCAAAUGCAGUUGCAGACUACGGAAAGAAAACUUUGAAGAAUCAAGGCGCUCCUGAAACAACGGUGGCUUUGGAAUAGUGAACAAUGAUGCCGAGACUCAACUCAGUAGAUUUCUGAAAAUACUUAGCUGUGGCCCAGCUGAACACAAGAGCAAAUUUCUACUGGCUUCAAGAAGGCGGAGGUGCGAGCAUCCUCGGACGACUGAACUGCUUUGCUUGCUUACUCCGUGUUCAGGAGUUGUGAUGAUGUAUUUUAGUAUGUGCUACAGGGGGCCACACAGCAAACCAAUGGUGAAGGAAUCUGUGCCUUCCGGGGAACGGGAACUGUAAACCACUGUGUGCUGCGUUCGCUGUUUAAGUGUCAGACUCGAACCUCUGAGAAGCAGGACGUACCCAGGGGCCCAGCUGGCUUUUAGGAGUUAAUGCGUAAUGCACAUUGAAAAUCAGUAAGAUAGAUAACAUGUGCUGCAGCAGUAAUUCUUAACAUGUCCAGUUCCUCUCCAGAAGGUGCUGAAGACUUCAUUAGAUGUUGUUUUUUUCACUUGUUUCAUAAAUAAUGAAUAAUUGCAACCUGAACAACCGUUUGUUUCUUUACAUGAGCAAAGUACUGCAA